UCCUCCGUUUGGUUUCCUCUCUGUUACAAUGCUCGCAAAACCUCGCCACUGCUGAAGCAAACCAGGGCAGAGGUCAAGAUUGCUCAAGGCCUCGUUUAGUCCAAAACAGGAUGUGCACUUUCCAAAAAUCCUCUAAAUCUCUGAAGAGGAUGUGCGCAUGUUAGCACAAUGACAUAACACAAGUUUGUGAUUAGAAUCAUAACAAAGUGUCAACCUUUGUCCAGUUGUACUCCUCAAAUAUCGGAUUGGAACAAUUGUGUCUGAUUACAAUUAAUGUAUAUUCAAAAGUAAUCAGUCCAACAUAACGGUCCUGCUGGGACAUUUUAUAUACAAAAUAGUUUCCUCACUUGCAGGCUGCUUUUCUGUCUCAUCAGGCCUUCCUGAGGAGAUAUUAACAAUUGGAUGGGAAAGAUUCAAUGGCUGCAUGAACAAAUGACAGGGGGACUGGAGCUGCAGCAUCUGCUUCAGUUUUGAGUGGUCUCCUGUUCUGCGCUGAUGGAAUAAGCAUUAUGAGCCAGCCAGUAAUUGCAUGCGGAGCAGUGAGUGGAAAAGCGCACCCUGUAGAGCGUCACCGGAGCGCAUCUAAUGACGGCCUGCACCGGCCUCCCACCCACCUGUGUGGAAAUAGCUGCCUGACAUGCAGUGAUUAAAACAGGAGGGAUGAGAAGGCGCCUAAUCAGCUCGGAGGAGAGUUGAGGGUCUCAUCAUCAUCAUCAGCAUCAGCAGCAGUCAGGCAGGGUCCAAUCACAAGCAGCUGCAGCGGCAGCAUCUCGCCGAGGAUCACGCCUGCUAUUCUAUUCUACAAAAGUUGCAUCGUGAACCCCGCUGUGGGUUUCUUCUGAAUCGGAAUGUUCCAGCUGACGCGUGAGAACAUCUCAGAACAUCUCGUCUCGUGGUGCUGCUGACCCACCCUCCCCCUAGUAAGCCACACACCCCAACGUUUCCCCCCCUCCUCUUCCCUAUAUGUCGUGCGUGUGCGUGGAUUUAUCAAGAGCGACGACGAUGGAGACCUGCGACACUUGUUCGUUCUAACUAAACAACACAAGGAAGAAAAAGAAAAAAAAACAGCUGAUCCAGAAUCCGGGAUUCCAGGAUCCGGAUCAAGUGCAGGUCUAAUAAAGAACAGGCUGCCUGUCUGAGUGAGAGACGCGGAGGUUGAGUGCGCAGACUCCGGCGACAAAACCUCGCACAGCGACGCACAGCGGACUCCCUUGGAGAGAGAGAGGUCCCUUGGUCUUUUUUGGCCCCGAGCCCCCUUUACCAAACCCACCCCCUCAAAAGCUUGCAGGAGCCCACCCUCCCCGCCGCCUCCCCUAUCCAUAUGUGCCUCCAUUCUCUGCCGCACAUUUUUCCAAAUUACAUGUAAUUAUAUUUUUCUCCAGUCACAGACGAAUCUGCCACCGUCUCAUUAUUUGCCGGCACCUCCAACACAAUAACUUUCAGGCAUUUACAUAUUUCUCUACAAAAGUGAUAUUCUUUGAACCCACUUCCCAGUGACAAAUCAGGGAUAAUUUUUCUUCCCUUUUGAUAUUUUUUUUGGGACAGGAGCCGUCAUUCAUCACGCGCUUAAUUAGUCACCCCAGUUUAAAUGGGACUGGCAAUUUGGAGCUCGGAAGAACGGCACAAGUCGUCGCUCGCAAUGUCUCUCGCGGGCGGGGAGCCAUUUCCUCGGUUUGUGCUUACUCCUAAUUUCCAGCGCUAGCGGCCUCCUCCUCCUUCUCCUCACACUUAAAAGCUCCCUCAUUAUCACCCACCAGCACCCCAUCACAGUCACAGCUUGUGCCAGGCCAGCGCCGAUACUUGCCAAUCCGAUCCCGGAAUAAACAGCAAGAGAUAAAAAGUGCAGCCAUAGAAAUGCCCGAGGAAGAUUUAGUACGACGGGGGGAGUCUCCCGCGGGCUCCCCUUAAGUCACCGAGUGAGUGACAGUCGAUGUUUACAAUGUGCCGAUGAGCUAUCUAACGAGUGCCUACUUUUGAAUGUGCCAUACCGUAAAGCAGAUGAUAACGUUUACAUUUACAUACAAUCGAUACGACAUUGCUGCUCAAGUGCCGCCAUCAGUACAGGAAUGUAAAGGACUGCCUCAUAUCCGAAAAGCAUUGCGACAAAAUUCAUGAGCAGCUAUCUGAAAUCGAAGCUACCAGUUAAGAGUGGGUUUUUUUUCCUCCCUCGGCCAAUUUUGAUCUCGCCAGCUUUUCUGAAUGAAGCUGCUGUUGUUGCAUUGUGAAUAUUCACAGCUACGCUUUUGGAAUCAGCUGGUGAACUAAAACCUGCACAACAAAAGCGCCGUUCCAAUCGUCAUGUAAAAAUGACGCCCACAGCCAAUCUCCGCAUUCUGGCGCUGCUCUUCCUUCUCACGCACGCCACCGGGGAGGAUGUCAUCCCAUCCUCUGCCGCGUUUUCUACCCAGCCCGGCCCCUCCAUCCCACAGUCCAAUCCGAGGCCGGCCGCCCUAAGGAGUCGGCCCAGAGUCCCUGAGAAAGUUCCCGAAAGCCCCCCAGAGGGAGUCCUGGAGGCGCCACCUAAACCCAUGCCCCAAAUGAUGUUCCCCAAAAAUGUGACAUCAUCCGAGGCACUGGCCCCGCCCCUUGGCGCCGCCCAGGUGGCCCCGCGCCUCAUCGACGUGUGGAUGGACGUAUGUCAGGGUUACUAUGACGUGAUGGGACACUUUGACAACUCCUUCAACUGCACUAAGGACAUGUUCAUCUACUGCUGCGGGACGUGCCACUACCGCUUCUGCUGCCCCGAUCGAAACCAGCAACUGGAGCAGGACAGCUGCAAGAACUACGACUCGCCCGCCUGGGCCAAGACAGAGUCCAACGCCCUGGUCAUCGAAGAGGACCUGGGUCCCGACCCGGAUUUCGACCCUCUCAAGCAGCAGAGCCACAACACGGGCUUCGUGAUCGGAGGCGUGGUGGUGUUCAUGGUGGCCGUGGCUGUGGGUAUCAAGGUGGUCUUCAACAAGGUCCAGCACGAAGCCAUCCAGAGGGACCUCAAUAUGCCAAGAGCCUUGGUCGACAUGUUGCGGCACCAGUCCAGUCCGGUGCAGCAGGACGAGAGAAACAACAGCGUGGCCCUGACCGUGGGAGAUGGCCAGGGGACGCUGGGGAGAGCGCCGAAAAACCUCUACGCUCCAGGAGUGCCGAGCAAGGACAACAGAUUGGGCAACCUGCAGCACAAUUUUAUCCACACGUCAGGCUCCAGCCCCCAACACACUGCGACUAUUGAACGCACCCCCCGGAUGAACAACGCUCAGCUGGCGGCGGGGGGCACCUUGCUGUCCAAUAAACACAACAACACCAAAUCCCAGCCUGCCUUCCACCACUCCCUGCACAACCUGGCUCAGCUGCCACCCUCCUACGAGAGCGCCACCAAGCCCGAACUCAACCGAUACUCUUCGCUCAAACGGCUCGAAAAAGGUUUGGAUGAGUACUCAUCUGGUUACUGCACCACCAAGCGGCGCCCGCACACCGCCCAGCCGGCCCUUCAGUCCUCCCAGCACCACCUCCACUGGGGUGGGGACUACACGCUUAGCGGGAGAGGAACGCUGCCCAGGCACGCGGCCCGUCCUUGGAUUCCCCCGCUGCCGUCCGGCAUGCCCGCCUCCCCCACUCCCAACCCUUACCCCUUGGACCCCCCCCCGGAGCCCCAGUACAACCCCAACUACGACACCCUCUCCAAACCCAGGAAGGUCAAGUCCACUGACCAGCUGCUCAACAUGGGCGACGUCCCCGGCAACACGGGAACUCUGUCCCGUCUUUCCAAGAACCAGCAGCACCAGUACUACAAAGCCAUGGCUGCCUCCGGUAAGAACUCCAACACACAGACCCUCACUCGCAAGACGCAGGACAGGCAGGACAGGCAGGACAGGCAAGACAGGCAAGACAGGCAGGACAGACAAGACAGGCAGGACAGGCAGGACAGGCAAGACAGGCAAGACAGGCAGGAGAGACACGAGAGACACGAGAGACAGGACCGGCUGCUCAUGUCCCCAGACCAUUUGGAGGAGAGAAUGGGCGGGAUGGGGGUCAUGGAGCCGUACGCUCACCCGGGAGGGGGUGUCCCCACCCUGCCCCGCCAGCAGAAGGCCCAGUCCCAGCAGAACGUGUGCGCCACCCCCUCCCUGGACCGACACCACAUGAUCAAGAUGAACUCUCACCCGACGUCCGGCAGAGAGCAGGAGAGGAACCCGGGCAUGACUGGCCACAUCAGCGGGGGCAUGGGCUGGGCGGGGGAGGCGCCUGGGGCGGGCGUUGUCAUGGGAACGGGAACACUAGGGGGCCACAACGCCCGCAGGAUGGCUUUCGCGAGCAAACGACAGAACACCAUUGAGCAGCUGCAUUUCAUCCCGGGUGGCGGAGGCCCCGGCCCUGGCAGCGGGUCCGGGGGGAGCGGGGGCGGCGGGGGCGGCGGCAGUCAGGGGAUCAGGACAGGGAGCAAAAAUGAGGUGACAGUCUGAGUGGGCAUUGUGCCUAACGUAGCGAGCGCUCAACCCUCGCCGCUGGACCAGAGCG